ACACAGAACGGCUUCACCAAACCGCAGUCUCUCCCUUUUCCCCUUUCUCUUUCCUAACUCCAACAUCUAUGGCGUCUCUUCAUUGGAUCUGAUUCUCUCCCCAAAACCCAUAUACCCUUUUCCCCUGUCCCUUGAUCUAAUUCCCAGAAUCGCAGCAUAAUCGAAGACCCAUUACGCAUUGAACCCAAAAACUGCAGAAGAAGAAGGAGAUAACGCAACCCAAAAGGAGUAAUUUUGUUUUUCUUGUCUUCUGGUCCGGAUCCGACCGGUGGAUUGUGUUUGCGGGCACUCCCUGAAUUGAAAUGGGAAUGCCCGUAAAGCAAGCAUGAGCAAAAACACCGGCGGCGGCGACAACAACGACGAAGACGAAGACGAGUGCUUCUACGAGUCCCUUGAUCGCAUUGCCUCCUCCAAUUCCUGUUCCUGUUCCAACUCUGCAUCGCCUUCCGACUCCGAUUCCGACCCUGUUUCCCGAUCGGAUUCCGCCACCAGCUAUGGCAAUCCAUUUCGAGUCCCGAAAUUUCCCAAGGCGGUAUCCAAGUUUGACAUCUGGAUCUCUGAGCCGGCGUCGGUGUCCGAGCGCCGGAGUCGUCUGCUCCGUGAGAUGGGCCUCAGUCGUGACCCGGGUUUGUCUCGGUCAAAACCCGAAUCCAAUAGUGGGGGUAAGGGAAUCGAUAAUGGGGACUACGGCCGAUCGCCGUCUUCCGAUCGGUUGAGUCGGCAGAAGCCAGGGCGAGGUCAGGGGCAGGACAUUGGCAUAGCCCGAUCGGACGGUGCAGGAGUGCGCAAUGGUGGUGGUGGUGAUGGUCAAGGUGAAUGCAAUACGUCUACUGUUUCUUCUUCUUCGGUUUGUUCGUCUUCCAUUCUUUCCGUUGGUUCUUCUGUCUCUAGAGAGCUUGCAACUGAUUGUUCUUCUUCACCUUUUGUAAAUAAUAAUAGCCAUGGCUGUGAAUUAAAGAAUUGGGAUCGUGAUGGUAUGGAUGAAGUUAAGUUGAAAAGCUGCAAAAUUAAUGGAUCUGCUUGUAGUAAUUGUGUUGGUAAUGCUGUUUUGCCAAAUAAGCCACCGACGGGGAAAAAUUGUAGGAAUGAGUCUACAAGUCUGAGUGCUGGGUUUGGCUGUAAUUCAUUGCCUGAUCUGAGGGAUGCCCGCACUGGUGGAGAUGUGGUGGAGGAGGUGGAUUGUGGUGCACAAGUGUGUACUAUUAAGAACCUUGAUAAUGGCAAGGAGUUUGUGGUCAAUGAGAUUAGAGAAGAUGGGAUGUGGAACAAGUUAAAGGAAGUGGGGACUGGGAGGCAAUUGACAAUGGAGGAGUUUGAGAUGUGUGUAGGGCAUUCUCCCAUUGUGCAAGAAUUAAUGAGGCGGCAGAAUAAUGAGGGUCAUAAAGAUAAUGUGGAUUCCAAUCCAAAUGGCAAUGUUAAUGGCAUAUCAAAAUUGAAGAAGAAAGGGGGUUGGUUAAAGAGCAUUAGGAGUGUUGCAAACAGUGUAACAGGCCAUAAGGAGAGACGGAGCAGUGACGAGAGGGAUACCGCAUCUGAGAAGGGUGGGAGAAGGUCAAGCUCUGCCACAGAUGAUAGCCAGGACGUUUCUUUUCAUGGACCAGAGAGAGUGAGGGUGAGGCAGUAUGGAAAGUCAUCUAAAGAGCUCACAGCUUUGUACAAGUGCCAGGAGAUACAGGCCCAUACUGGGUCUAUUUGGAGUAUCAAGUUUAGUUUGGAUGGAAGGUAUCUUGCAAGCGCAGGUGAGGAUUGUGUCAUUCAUGUUUGGCAGGUAGUGGAAGCAGAGAGGAAGGGGGAGUUGUUGAUGGAGAAGCCAGAUGACGGGAAUCUUAAUUUCUUGUUUUUGGCUAAUGGUUCCCCCGAACCAACACUGUUGUCACCAGGUUGUGAUAACUAUCUUGAGAAGAAGAAAAAGGGGAGGACAUCUAUAAGCCGGAAGUCAGUGAGUUUGGAGCACACUAUUGUGCCAGAGACAGUUUUUGCGCUUAUGGAAAAACCCAUUUGUUCAUUCGAAGGGCAUUUGGAUGAUGUGCUUGAUCUUUCAUGGUCCAAGUCUCAGCAUUUGCUUUCAUCAUCCAUGGACAAAACAGUGCGGCUAUGGCACUUGUCCAGCAACACCUGUUUAAAAAUCUUUUCGCACAAUGACUAUGUGACUUGCAUCCAGUUUAAUCCAGUUGAUGAUAGAUACUUCAUUAGUGGAUCUCUAGAUGCUAAAGUUCGCAUAUGGAGCAUUCCUGAUCGUCAAGUUGUUGAUUGGAAUGAUCUUCAUGAGAUGGUCACUGCUGCUUGCUAUACACCAGAUGGUCAGGGCGCCCUAGUUGGUUCUUACAAGGGGAGCUGUCAUUUAUACAACACAUCUGAGAAUAAGUUCCAACAAAAAUGUCAAAUCAAUCUGGAGAAUAAGAAGAAGAAAGCUCAUCAAAAGAAAAUCACUGGUUUCCAGUUUGCCCCAGGAAGUUCAUCGGAAGUGCUUAUCACAUCCACAGAUUCUCGAAUUCGUGUUGUUGACGGUGUUGAUCUCGUUCACAAGUUUAAGGGGUUCCGGAACCUGAACAGCCAAAUCUCAGGUUCCCUCACGGCAAAUGGAAGAUAUGUUGUCUCUGCUAGUGACGACUCGUAUGUGUUUGUUUGGAAACAUGAAUCAGAAUCCCGACCUAGCAGAAAUAAAGGAGUUACUUUGACACACUCGUAUGAGCAUUUCCAUUGUAAAGAUGUAUCAGUGGCCAUCCCCUGGCCUGGCAUGGGUGAUGGAUGGGUACUACAUGAUACAAAUUCAAACAUUCAAAACAAUCUAGAUGAAGUUCCCACGGUCAAUCAUCCUCCUACACCUGUUGAGGAGUUUCUUGGUAAUGAUUCAUUAUUGGCAUCAGGGUGCAUUAACAGUCCACUUCAUGGAACCAUUUGUAGUGCAACCAACAGUUACUUCUUUGACAGAAUCUCAGCAACAUGGCCAGAGGAGAGACUUCUUCUAGCCACUAGGAGGAGGAGCCCAAGGACUAGUGUGGAUUUCUCUAGCAUGGCAAACCCAAACAUAUCAGCCUGGGGUAUGGUGAUUGUGACUGCUGGUGUUAGAGGGGAAAUUAAAACUUUCCAGAACUUUGGGUUGCCAGUUCGGAUUUAGGGCAGCACAAAGGCAGACAUCAAUGGCCUCAAGCACCGGGUAAAUGAGUUGAUAACACAACUUAGUACAGCACAGCCCAUUUCCCCCCUGGUUAAAUCGUGUACAGAGAGAUAUUGGGUGAGAUUUGUAAUAUUAACGUGUUUAAUUUCUUCUUUCUUUUAUGCAUGUGCUCAUCAGAUCCGAAGGAAGGAAAGCUAUUCUGAUUGAGCGUAGAGCAAGACAUAGAUUUGUUCAGGGGAGAAAAAAAAAAAAAAAGGAGGGGGGGGGGGGUGGGGGGAAGCAGAGGAACUACACUAUGAAUUUAGAAAUCCAUGUAUUGCAGCAGUACCAGGAAUUGUAGAGUUGUGAGCAUUGCAAAAGCUUAUUGAAUUGAAAAAUGAAAAUUCUUUUACAAU